CUAAUAAAACCAGUAAGUGAAAUGAAAAAUAAUGUAGUUACCAAAAUCUUUGUGGGAGCCAUUUCUGGGUAGGAUUCUAAUGAUUUUAUAAUGUUUGGCAACCUAAGGUUUGCCUAAUCUGAAUGUUGAAGCAACACCUGAUUGCUUCAUGAUAAGAUCCCAAUCCUUUUAUAGGUCCUUUUCAACCAGAAUUGUACUAUUUCUGGUGUAAGAAUGAUCUUUCUAGUUUAUGGCUUAACUUUAAUUUAUGAGAUACUUCUUACAUUGAAAGAUAAAGCUCUUUAACACAAGUUUCUAGCAUGUCGCCCUUUUAUACUGUGUUGUUUGUUCCAGCAGUAAGUGGAUUGAUCAAAGGGAAAAUCCUGCAAUUCUCUCUUCUGAUGAUUCACAAUUCAAAUAUAGUUAGCUUCUUGUUGGAAUGCUUGUAUGGGGUAAACCAAAUUUUGCUCUUCUGCCCCCUUUUCACCAUUCCUUGUCCGAUAAUCAUAUGCUAACACAACAAGAAACAUUCAUUUUUCCUGUUGCCUUGUUCAAUUCCUAGUAUAGGGCAUAGAACCUAGGGACCUUUGUCUUGUCGUUAAAUGGCUAAAACUUGGGAAAGAGAUUCUUGACUGGCUUGCUUUGAAUUCAUUAUACUUAAAGUAAUUCACUCUCCUUAAUUCAUCAUGCAUCUAUCAAUGUAAUUUCUUUUCUACAUCAGUUUCUAUUAAACAAAACAUGGGUUUCUACUUUCUACUUCUGAUACAUUGGUCCAUCAACAAAAAUUCCUCCAAAACACUACGCAUCUCCAGCUUUGGCAAUCUGGCAUCUUACCAGAUGAACAACAGGUCAAAUGUAAAUAGUGGAAAAACUAGUAAAACGUCAGGAGAUACUAUUCAUGGUCAGCUUGUUGAGUUGUGACAUCAGGUCGAUGCAACUAAACACAAACUAAUGCAAACAAAAAAAAAGGGUCGGUUUGAUGUGUAGCUGCGCCGAUACACUUGCAGUGCAGUAACUAUAAACCUCCCACUUUCUAAUAAACGAAUUAACUUAAGCGCAAACUUAAUCAUGUGUAAUUUCUUCAAGAACCUCAUCAGGAGACGUUAAUUGCAUCUUUAAAUUUAAUCUUUUUGCUUAUAUGAGCCAUUGGCUUCACCCUGUGUUGUAAUCAAGAUAAGAACAACGGACCGAUUGAGAUCAUGACCUGAUAAUUUUCUUAUUGGAAAGUUCAAUAUUAAAACAAAAGACUUUGCCAAGUUCAUCAGUCAAUAUUUUAACCCUGAUCGAAUUGAUCAUUGUUCAGAAUAUAAAAGAGAACCACGAGCAAAACAAAACCCCCAAAAAAGAUAAAAAAAAAAUCGCCAACUAGAACCCAGAAGAGCAACACCAUUUGUUAGUGGUUGGUGGCGGCCAAAAAAUCAUAGGCUGUGGCUAAAAACGAAACCAAUAAAUGGCAGUUGGCAGACAGAAAAAUCUAGUGGCCAAAAAAUCAUAGGGUUUAAAAAAAAAAAAAGACUUUGCAAGAGUCUUAGCUCCCAAUCACGUCUAGUUUUGGUGUAUUAAAAAAGGAAAAGUUAAUGGAGGAAUCUAUACUGUUAUCCAUAAGAAAGAAUACGAAACACUCGACAUCCAAAACUCCAUCAAAUAAUAAUUUAAUAAUAACUAUUAGUAAUUAGAUGAUGAUGAUUUAUUGAUUAAUCCUAAAAUAGGUCGCUUUAAGAACAAGUCCAAUUAUAAGCAAUUAGGGGGUGCUCCACUUUUUCUUAUAUUUAAAGAGUUUAACAGAUACUAUAGAAAAGAAAGUCUUUCUUUUUCGUGUCAGGGGUUUUUUCGUGUUCUGUUUUGUUUGGAGAGAAGUGAGAAUGAUGGUGGAGCUGUUUGUGUUGGGGUGUAUGGGAAUUGUGGUGUUCCUUCACGUAGCCAAUUUCUUCUUCCAUGUUCUUUCUCAACACCUCGCCUUUCGUUCUCUCAGUUUCCUGGGAUUUGCUGGGUGGUAGACCAAAGAGAGAAAACAGAUAAACUGAUUCAUUUUCUUCUUGCAAGUUGUAAUGUGGGUCAUGCUUGCACAUGCCAUCACGCUCUGUAAAUAUUUACUUAGAACUAGAAUUUGAGUAGCAUAUUAUAUAAUUAUUAUAAUAAUUAUAACCUUGUAUUCUUAAAACAAAAACUUUGAAGGAAACAAAAGGGAAGGUUUUACCCAAAUUUAGCCAAAUCAUAUUGUAUACUGUAACUGUAUUCUAUGGCAUUAAGGAAUCCUUCAAGUUAUGUUAUUGCUCAUGUUGAAAAUGAUGUCUGAUCUUCAGUUUUGAUGAAAUUCUUACAAGAUGAAAAUGUUCUGUUAAAGUUCAGUCUCUCACCUCACAAUACUGUAAUAAUACCCAAAAAACUGGAAAUGUUGGUAGUAGUUAGAAGACAGUAGUUUAUUAAAGAGCUCUUUCUGAGUAAUAUAAUUGAAAUUAGUUAUUGUUGAAACUUGAAUGGAGGAAUAAUUGGGGUUGUUUGGUGGAACAAUUUUUUCAUAUAUAGAGCGAAGAAAGAAGAAAAGAGAGCCAUGGUAUUGCUAGUGAAAAAAUCCAAGUAACGAGGAGUGAGGGACAACUCAAACAAAGAGAGUUAGGCAUGGCAUGGCAUGCUCCUAGAAUUUAUCCAUUUCACCAAUCAACAUUUUCUGAUUCAAAGGAUUUAGCUUUCAAGUGCUGCUCAAAAUGUCAGAUCUUGUUUGAGAUCAUGUCAUUCUCAUUAUGAUGAUGAUGUUUUUACUUCUGGUUUGGUAACUAAAUUUAAUGGCUUCACUGGCCUAAAUAUCACAAAUCCAUGCUGAAGUUAUUGCUCAAGUGAAAAAUCUACUUCUAGCUAGUUUGAGAAAAUUCCCGAGUUUCAUAACAAAACGACUACGCAUAAGGAAUUGAACGUAGUUUAUAACGUCUUGACCACCCAGAAGCAGGUUAAUGAACAAAUGGAUCAUGAAAAUUCGUUACCUCAGUUCCGUCCAUUUCCAAAAAUCUCUUCUCCAACGACGUUACCCACGUUUUAAAUCAUUUACUUUCUCUUCUCAACAUUUUCAAACCUCAGCUAAAUCAACCCACGACUUAAAAUCCUACCCUUGUUUAAGCUUAAACGAAGAGCUAAAUCUUACACCCUUCUCUGUUCCAUACUACUCUAAGCUCUUGUCAAAAUGCAAUGCCACCAAGACCCUAUCUCCAGGCAUGCAAAUCCAUGCCCAUAUGAUCAAAUUUGGGUCAAGCAAAGACCGCAAAAGUUGGAACUUUCUGACCAAUUUGUAUGCAAAAUGUAAACUUUUUGGCUAUGCCAGGAAACUGGUUGAUGAAAGUCCUGAACCGGACUUGGUUUCUUGGUCUGCUUUGAUUUCUGGGUAUGCCCAAAAUGGGUUUGGUAAAGAAGCCAUUUUAGCCUUUCAUGAGAUGCAUUUGUUGGGUGUUAAGUGCAACGAGUUCACUUUUCCAAGCGUUCUAAAAGCUUGUACUUUUGCAAAGGAUUUGGAGUUAGGGAGACAGGUUCAUGGAGUCGUGGUGGUUACCGGUUUCGAGUGUGAUGAAUAUGUAGGUAACAGCUUGGUUGUCUUGUACGCAAAAUGCGGGGAAUUUGGUGAUUCGAGGAGGCUUUUUGAUGAUUUACCUGAAAGGAGUGUUGUUUCAUGGAAUGCAUUGUUUUCUUGUUAUGUGCAGAGUGACUACUUUGGAGAAGCAGUGGAGUUGUUUCAUGAAAUGGUUUCAAAUGGAAUAAAACCUAAUGAAUUUAGUUUAUCUAGCAUGAUAAACGCUUGCACAGGGUUGGAGGAUAGUGGUGAAGGAAGGAAAAUUCACGGGUCCUUGAUAAAGCUUGGUUAUAAUUCAGAUCCUUUCUCGAAGAAUGCACUUGUGGACAUGUAUGCAAAGAUAGGAAAUCUUGAGGAUGCUGUUUCCGUUUUUGAGGAGAUUACAAAACCUGAUAUUGUUUCUUGGAAUGCUGUCAUCGCUGGUUGUGUUCUUCAUCAGAACCAUGAUUGGGCUUUAGAGCUUUUUGGGCAAAUAAGAAGGUCUGGAACACAUCCAAAUAUGUUUACCUUGUCCAGUGCGCUAAAAGCUUGUGCUGAGACGGGGCUCAAGGAAUUGGGCAGACAGUUGCACUGUAACUUGAUAAAGCUAAAUGUAGGAUCAGAUCCUUUUGUGGAUGUUGGUCUUAUUGAUAUGUAUUCCAAAAGUGAUUUGAUGAAUGAUGCAAGAAUGGUUUUUAAUUGGAUGCCAGACAAGGACAUGAUUGCAUGGAAUGCUGUUAUCUCUGCGCAUUCACAAAAUGGGGAAGAUAUGGAAGCUGUAUCACUGUUUCCUUUGAUGUACAAGGAAGGAGUAGGAUUUAAUCAGUCAACUUUAUCAACAGUCCUCAAAUCCAUUGCUCGCUUGCAGGCGAACAAUGUUUGCAAACAAUUUCAUACACUCUCGGUGAAAUCAGGAUUUGAGUCUGACAAUUAUGUUGUAAACAGCCUUAUCGAUGCAUAUGGAAAAUGUGCCCUUCUAGAAGAUGCAAAAAGAAUAUUCAAAGAGCGCUUAAUUGUUGAUUUGGUGGGUUUCACAUCUAUGAUCACAGCUUAUUCUCAAUCUGGAGAAGGUGAAGAAGCUCUUAAGCUGUAUUUAGAAAUGCUAGGUAGAGGGAUAGAGCCGGAUCCAUAUGUUUGUAGUUCACUCCUAAAUGCAUGUGCAAAUUUAUCAGCAUAUGAACAAGGGAAGCAAGUGCAUGUUCACAUCUUGAAAUAUGGAUUUAUGUCUGAUAUUUUUGCUGGAAAUUCUCUCGUCAACAUGUAUGCCAAAUGUGGAAGCAUAGAUGAUGCAGAACGUGUGUUCUCUAAGAUUCCUGAGAGAGGAAUAGUCUCAUGGUCCGCAAUGAUAGGAGGACUAGCUCAACAUGGGCAUGGGAAAGAAGCCCUCCGGGUAUUUAAUCAAAUGCUUAAAUAUGGUGUUUCUCCCAAUCAGAUAACUUUGGUCAGCGUCCUGUGUGCUUGUAAUCAUGCUGGUUUGGUUACUGAAGCCAAAAAAUACUUCGGAUCAAUGAGAGAGUUGUUUGGAUUUGAACCUAUGCAAGAGCAUUACGCCUGCAUGAUUGACCUCCUUGGUCGAGCAGGGAGAUUAGAUGAGGCAAUGCAACUCAUAAAUACGAUACCUUUUCAAGCUGAUGCCUCAGUUUGGGGGGCACUUCUUGGUGCUGCUAGAAUCCACAAGAAUGUUGAGCUUGGCCAACAUGCAGCAGAGAUGCUUUUUACACUUGAACCAGAGAAAUCUGGUACCCAUAUUCUUCUAGCUAACAUAUAUGCAUCAGUUGGCAUGUGGGAUAAUGUGGCAAAGAUGAGAAGACUAAUGAAAGACUGCAACGUGAAGAAAGAACCUGGGAUUAGUUGGAUUGAGGUCAAAGACCAGAUACACACUUUCGUAGUGGGAGACAGAAGCCAUGUUAGGAGUGAAGAAAUCUAUGCAAAGCUUGAUGAGCUAAGUGACCGUUUGAACAAAGCUGGCUAUGUUCCCAAGGUGGAGAUUGAUCUUCAUGAUGUGGAACGUGGUGAAAAGGAGAAGCUUCUAUACCACCACAGUGAAAAACUUGCAGUAGCCUUUGGGUUGAUUGCCACUCCGCCAGGAGCUCCAAUUAGAGUGAAAAAGAAUCUUAGAGUCUGCGUUGAUUGCCAUACCGCAUUCAAAUUCAUUUGUAAAAUUGUCUCCAGGGAAAUUAUUGUGAGAGACAUCAACAGAUACCACCAUUUUAAAGAUGGUUCAUGCUCUUGUGGAGACUAUUGGUGAUACUUCAGGAAGAAACGCAAAUCUCACACAGACAAUAUGUGCACUCCCCCCCCCCCCCCCCCAACCUUAUCUUUACAAUAACAAGCCAGCUGUCAUAACCUCUUUCUUUCUCCUAACAUUCAACGAUAUUCUUGUCCUUUUCUUUCUCUGUAUCACAUCAGGUGUGUUAGCUUAAAUCUAUUUUUUUGGAUAAAUGGAAAAUUGGUUAAUUUGAUCCCAUCAAGCUAUGUCAGCUUA